AUGACCACGGGGGCGGUGGACGCCGGAAACAAGGCGACUUCGUUUACAGGCUUCCUGCUUUUCCAGUUGUUUAACCAGUGCGGGGUCAACGCAGACGACUUUAAAGAUGACCACGAUUUGAAAGGAUUAACUGACAUGCUACCAACGCUUAUCGACUUUGCCGGCAAUUCCAUCUGUCAAAAAGAAUAUCUUGAAAUUUUAGAGCUUAUUCUUGGAGGAUACAUUCCGACCGGCACUUCAAGCAAAUUUCUCGAGGAAUAUCAGAGAGAAUUCGGCGUUGGAAAACUGUCUCGGAAGUUCAACGCAAGCGACCCUGCCAUGAAAGUGACCAAAAUAGUCUUCGUGAUAGACGCUCAAUCCUGCUCGUUGCCUAAAGCGCUUAUUGAGGGUAUACAACGUGCCAUCCAACAACAUACUGCAGAUGGACAACUGAAGUACCACUGUGAUCUUUUUGUCGUUUUGACAAAAAUGGAUGUCACAGAUCAAGAAACAAAACUUGAUUCAACUGCGUCGGUUAAACAGUCAGGUGUGUCGCGUGAAGAGAGAGAACGCGAGCUUGCUGAAAUACUUACCAUCGAAGGAGCCCUUAACGACAACCUCUUCCGAUGGACCAGUUACCAUGACAAAAAUACGGAGCAAAGUCCUCAGAUUGACAUCGUGGCUCUUACGUUUUUGAAAACCAUGAUGCAACAAAGACCGACAGUUGCCCGAUCAAGCGUGAAACCAAAAGCACUGUUGCCCAAAGAGUUUAUUCAAAUGAGAGUUGAAAAAAUAUUGGAUGAUGCUUGGAUAUACGGCUGUAGAAAUUGGAACAGUCUCGACCAACAAACACAAUUCAUAGUUUGGGCCGUGCUUGCAGGGUGUUUUAUCAUCUUCCUCCUAAGCCUUUCUUAUGCAUAAUUUAUUUUGGUAUUUUAGGCGUGACGUUCGAUAUGCCUGUUUAUAACUUUGACAUAAUUCAAUAAAACAAUGUGUUUUUCAACAGUUCGAUUGAGCAUUGUUUACACAAUCGUAUUACAUUGAAAUCGAGAUGGGGACGCAGUCGACAGCUAAGCGUUAGAUGGAUGUAACUCCAUAUAAAUAUAAAAGUAGUAACUACUAUCUUGCGCAAAGAUUUCAAUUAGUGUGAUGAUCGAAAGGUACUUGUGCAAAUUAUUUGUGAAAUGUACUCACAAAUUGAUUUCUUAUAAGAAAUUGUUUUAAACGUUAAUUUUACAUGGAGUAUAAAAAUUCUCUUAUAUCAAUACGACCUAAAAUUAAACAAAGCAUUUAAACUAAUUAAUACUGAAUUUGGUAAUGCUAUACAAAAAGAUAUUUAAUUAGGAUUUUUAUUCCUUCAUAUGACCAUUUGUAAGAUACACUCCAAUUGUCGUAAUAUGUUUUUACGAAAAGGAGUGCUGAACAACGCAUUUAUUUUUUAGAUAUCCACACCUAUAGGAUGUGGUCACCUGCCUUAAGCAGCCAAUAUGGGUGUUUUCCAUAGUUGCUUCUUAACACAUGUUCAACCGUAUACAAUGAUUCAAUAAUUCUAAGCCAAUAUAUGGACCCAGGCUUUGCAUUCUCUUACCCAAAAGGCUCAUCCACACUUUUUAGCAAAAUGCUUGGCAAACAAUAUCCCUUAUCUUAUGAUGACAUUGUUUAUGCUUGUAAAACGUUUUAUGUUACCCGAGUUGUAUAACAUAGGUAAUACCUUAAUGGAAAUACGGUAUAGAGCAUGAAGUGUUUUAGUCUUGUUCAUAUACUCUUCUUAACAAAAUAUUUGAUAUGAAAUACCUCCCUGAAAAGUUGAUGAGGAGAAUGUUAAAACUUAUGGUGGAAUUGCAUUGUUUAAUAAGAUUGAAAAAUGGGAAAGCUGAUCGGAAUUGUAAAUAAUAUGUUAUGGUUACAUAGUAUAAUAGAUCAUUUUGUUAAACUAUAUGGAAAAAAACAGUUUGCAACUUUAUUUGACUUUACCAAAGCAUUUGAUUACGUCGUUAGAGAUAACAUAUUUUAUAUAUACGAGUAUAUAAACUUUUAAAAGAGGAAAAAUAUUACAUCUGGUUAAAUAAAUGUAUGAUUGUGUUAUAUCAGGGGUAAGAAAUAAAUGACGUCCUAAGUAUACUUGGUCUUAGACAGAGUCAGUUUUUGUCACCUUUCUUGUUUGGUAUAUACUGAAAUGAUAUAGAAGGAUAUUUUAUGCUUAAUAUCUUUGAGGGUGUUUAAUUAGAUGUACUGAAAAUGUUUCUCUUAGUGUGUGUUGAUGAUAUAGUUAUUCUAUCAGAAUCUAAAAGUGAGUUCACAAAUAGUUUGUUUUUGCUGUUUGUUGAUCACUGUAAUGAAUGGAAACGUAGUGUUGAUGUAAAUAAAAUAAAUGUAAUGAUUUUAAAAGAAAGUGUUGAAUUCUAAGGGGAAAUGUAAGAUUUGUAUCCAGGGCAA